ACAGUUUUUUAAUAUUUCUGUGUUACUUGUGUUUCUAACAAGACUUGCCAGUUACUAGACUGGAAGAUUUUGUGCCAGCCAACUCUUACAGGAUACUGCUGCUCUGUUCACAUAGUGUUUGGGGAGUGAAAAAGUUCUCGUACACUUCCAUAAUCUUGUAAUAAUACAAAUUGGCAUGGGAAUUGUAAGUGUUUCGAGCUCAGCUUCUUGGACACCACUAGGAUUCAGUACGAAAUUUACAACUUGUAGAUCUACGGCGAAGAGACCACUGAUUGUGGCAUUUAAAGCUGACAAAUCCAACGAAACAGCUUUGGUUGCACCCCACGAGCAAAUCCCAUUGCCCAUAGAAACAACAAAGGAGGAGAAGAGACAUGGUAAAAGCAAAAAAUCUUCUAAUCGAUUAAAAGCUGUCCGUACUGAAGUUUCUCCGUGCACCUUGGGAGUGGAUUACAAUGAAGCUGCUGCGAAACUUGAAAACAUAUACAAGCUUAGCCCUGGAACUGACACUUCUGAUGUGGAAGAUGUAAAUGGUGUGCUUAGGAGAUGUAGGCAACGGAAAAGGAAGACUAGUGAAUGUGAAAAGGAAGAUGACGGUAGAACUAGCAAAAUAAUCGUAAGGAACCAGGCAAAGAAGGCUAAACGAUUGAGUCUUCAGAAAAGAAUUGCACUGAGGAUCAAGAGUGAUGAAAAAUUGGUGACUUCAGUUGGGAAGAGAAAAGGUCGAAAGAAUGAAAAUGAAAAGAUUGAUGAACUUGUGAGGGGGGAGUAUUCUUCUUCAACUGAUUUGGCCAGCUUGGACUGGAAAAAAAUGAAGAUCCCCCCAGUCCUUACUUCAGCAGAGCAUGCCUGGUUAUUUAAGUUGAUGCAGCCUAUGAAGGCAUCCCUUCAAGUGAAAGAGCAUUUGCAAGAAAAUUCAGGGAGAGAACCAACAGAGGGUGAAUUAGCUGAGGCAACAGAUAUGGAUGUGCUCCAAGUGAGAAAACAAAUAGAGGUUGGUCGAGCUGCAAGGAACAAACUUAUUAAGCACAAUCUCCGGCUUGUAUUGUUUGUGAUCAACAAAUAUUUUCAAGACUAUGCAAAUGGGCCAAGAUAUCAAGAUCUUUGUCAGGCAGGAGUGAAGGGACUUAUGACAGCAAUUGAUCGCUUCGAACCCAAAAGGAGAUUCCGGCUAUCCACUUAUGGGCUGUUUUGGAUUAGACAUGCCAUCAUAAGGUCCAUGACACUCUCAAGCUUUACACGUGUUUCGUUCGGCCUGGAAUCAAUAAGAUCAGAAAUCCAGAAAGCAAAACUUGAAUUGUGGUUUCAACUGCAAAGGAAACCAACGGGGGAAGAGAUUAUUGAAAAAGUAGGGAUCUCUAUCCAGAGGUACCAUGAAGUGACGAGGGCCUCAAAACCUGUUUUGUCUCUCCAUUCGAAACACAAAACAACGCAAGAAGAGUUGAUUAGUGGAGUUGCUGAUGUCAAUGGAGGUGAUGACCGGAGGCAAUCAGCUCUUCUCAGGCUUGCUCUUGAUGAUGUGCUCGAUUCUUUAAAACCAAAGGAGAGCCUGGUGGUCCGUCAGAGAUUCGGACUGGAUGGUAAAGGGGAUAGAACAUUAGGAGAGAUUGCUGGGAACUUAAAUAUCUCAAGAGAAAUGGUCCGGAAGCACGAAGCUAAAGCACUCAUGAAGCUCAAGCAUCCAACGAGAGUGGAUUAUCUUUGCCGCUAUGUUGUCUGAAUGGAUCAGCAUCAUAAGAAUUCUAUGCCUCUUGAUGACUCUUCAUCACCAGCCAUUGUUGCAUACUAAUGAUCUGUAUCAUGGACAUUUUUUAACCACGUGAAACUAGACAAGAUCUCAUAUCAUGUGAUAUGUAUUUUUUACAGAACUUGAGAUUUCAAAUCACCACAUAUACAUGUAAUCUUGUCUCUCCUAUAUAAUACAAUGAUGUCUUACACAGUUCACAAAUGUACUCAACCUUCUAGACAA